AUGGCGACUUUGACACAUCUGGAAUGGAAUCAGGAUACGGGCGGGCUAGAGGUUGCCAAAGCCUUUGCAGAUCAGAUUCGUGAAAAGAACGUACUGAUUACCGGUGUAUCUCCAGAAAGCAUUGGCUCUUCAAUUGCUCUCUCAAUCGCUUCCCAAGCACCCGCCCUUUUGAUACUCGCCUCGCGCACCGAAUCGAAACUUGAGCAAGUACGCAAGGCCAUACAAGAUGCCUACCCCGAAACUACGACUAAACUUGUGCUUCUCGAUUUGAUGUCGCAAGACUCCGUCAGGAAGACCGCAAAAGAGGUUGCAGAAUUGACCAAUCGCCUGGACUUGAUCAUCAACAAUGCAGGCCUUAUGACUAAAACUCGCCGGACGACUGCGGAGGGCAUAGAAGCCCAGUUUGGUGCCAAUCAUAUCGGUCACUUUCUACUCACCAACCUUCUUGUACCCCAACUUCUAAAGUCCGCUGCAUCAUCUACUCCGGGGGCGACACGUGUCGUCAACGUCUCAUCGCAAGGUCAUCGCUUGAGUGGUAUUCGUUUUUCGGAUUACAAUUUAGAGAAGAGUAACGAGGAGCUUCCGGAAGAAGAGCGAUACACACCUCCCCCUUUAUUUGCUAAGAUUCCAAGCCGCAAUGGAUACCACGGAUUUGCAGCAUACGGUCAGUCGAAGACUGCAAACAUUUUGUUUUCCAUAGGUAUCAACAAAAAGCUUGGUGGCAAAGGAAUAAGGAGCUACGCUCUUCACCCCGGAGCGAUACCAACUAAUAUGAGUCGUGAUCUUGAUUCUAAUUCUGAAGAGCUGGAAGCAGUUGGAAAGACAAUGAAGUUGUUGAAGACUCUUGACCAAGGCGCCGCAACAGUGUUAGUAGCAGCACUGGACCCAGCCUUGAAUGACGAGAAAGGAGUCUUCCUCGAUGACUGCCAAAUCAGAGACGCAGCGCCACACGCAACCGAUCCGGACAAGGCUGAAAAGCUUUGGGAGUUGAGCGAGAAGCUGGUAGGGACUAAAUUUGAACUAUGA